UUCUGCAGAAGGACGCUGCGCAGCCCUGAGGACAAUCCGGACCCCCGCCCCGAGGACCCCCAGCUCCCUGGGCUCUCCGCUGUGCAGUACGAGGGCCCCGUCACGGGACACGGUCACCGCCGUCCUGGGCUUUUGGCACCAUGCAGGCUGUUCAGGCUGAGCUGAAGAGCCCUCUUCUUUGCCGUGAGCCGAGAACCAUGAGCAGUCAGGGCAGUAAAAGGACAACAAAAGAAGUAUCCAGUGAUUUGAAAUUCCAGAACUCCACUCUGCCAAAACUCAGGUCAUGGCCUCACCCCCACAGUACCACAGCCCAGGACCAGAGUAUCCACGAGCCUCCUCCCCGCUGGGAAAGGAGCUUCACUGCAGCCCCGGAGGUAACAGGAUACCACAGCGAGGACGAGUAUGAAGACCCUGAGCUUCAGAUGGUGGACGCAUGGCCAUCCAUGAAGAUUCUGCCAGCCCGGCCUAUCAAGGAGUCUGAGUAUGCAGAUACACGCUGCUUCAAGCGUGUGACGGACACUCCCACUCUGCUACACGCCAAGACCUCCCUGCCCCCUCAGGGGCAAUCCUGGAACGUGUGGACCAGGCUGGAAGAAGUAGACAAAGCUGUUUCCAAGGACAUGAGAAGCCACCACGCCAAAGAGAACAAAUCCAUAAGGGGCAACAAGGCUCCCGUACCACCUCCUCGGCCUCCCACCACUCUCCCGAAGCAGCACCAGCCCCUGCCCCCGGCACCGGCACCAGAGAGCUGCACACCUGUCCCUCAGAGACACACCUCUCCGGAAGCCCAAGGAAGGCCCAGGGAGGGGAAGAGGCGCAAGCCGAAGCCAGAGAAGAGUGCAGAGGGAGCAGCCCCGGAGGAGAGGUGGUGGGGUGCAGGCCAGACGGUGGCUGCAGACAGGCAGGAGGGAGGGUCCUCACCUCCUGCAGGGGAGGCGGGCCAAGCCAGUAAUGCCAACCACUCAAGGGUCACUUCCCUCUUCCCAGAUGGUGAGGGCAGCAUGCGGGCCAGCCCUGCUCAGAGGGGCCAGUGUCCUGGAAACACACCGCCUCAUGAAGACUCGCGCUGGAGAAAACCUUUCCCUGCAAGACCUGAUGAAAAGGAUGUCCGGCACAACCAGUGGUACGUUGGACAGUACGGUCGCCAGGAAGUAGAAGAGGCAUUAACGAAGGAGAACAAGGAUGGUACUUUCUUGGUCCGAGACUGUUCCACAAAAUCCAAGGCAGAACCCUACGUUCUGGUGGUUUUUUACGGGAACAAAGUCUACAAUGUGAAAAUCCGCUUCCUGGAGAGGAGUCAGCAGUUUGCACUGGGAACAGGACUCCGAGGAGAUGAGAAAUUCGAUUCCGUGGAAGACAUCAUCGCCUACUACAAGUGUUUUCCUAUCACCCUCAUCGACGGCAAAGAUAAAACCGGGGUCCAUAGGGAGCAGUGCUACCUCACCCAGCCGCUGCCCCUCCCAGGACACUUCCCGCCCGGGUAGCCUGGUCCCUGCUUCCCCUGUUCAGUGAAGUCAAUGUGUACAUCCUUUUGCAUUUAUUUCAAAAGAUUAUUUUCUGUGU